UUCUUUUUGACAACGUCCUCCGUCGUGCUCGAUACGGACGACGCGAAACAAUUUCGGUAAUCUACAAACAUCGGCGUAGAUUAACACGUUUUGUGAUUAAUAUAGCAACCAAACUACUGCAACAUGCCACCAAAGUUCGACCCUAACGAAGUAAAAUACGUUUACUUGAGAUGUGUCGGAGGUGAAGUAGGAGCUACCUCAUCCCUGGCUCCCAAAAUUGGUCCUCUGGGUUUGUCCCCAAAGAAAGUGGGAGACGAUAUCGCCAAAGGAACUGCCGAUUGGAAAGGUCUUAAAAUCACCGUCCAAUUGAAAAUCCAAAAUCGUCAGGCCACAAUUUCAGUUGUUCCGUCUGCCGCCUCCCUCAUCAUUAAGGCUCUGAAAGAACCUCCACGUGAUAGGAAGAAGCAAAAGAACAUCAAACACAGUGGUAACAUCAGCUUCGACGAUAUCCUGGCUAUCGCUAAACAAAUGAGGCCACGCUCCAUGGCUAAGAACCUGGCUGGUACAGUGAAAGAAGUUCUUGGUACCGCUCAAUCUGUGGGAUGCACCAUUGACGGCAAAGCCCCACACGAUGUUAUAGAUGAAGUCAAUGAUGGUUCAAUUGAAGUAUCAGACGAAUAAAUGUAAAAUAAAAGUUUUUUAAUGUAA